UUUAAAACGAGGCUGUCUCGGUGGAAAAUUUGUUGUACAGAAAUGGGCAGAUUUUGUCCAAAUAAACCGGCUAAAUGGGGCAACUUUUGAGUAUUUGGAAGUCCACUAGCAAUGUUGAGUAUCAUCAAGUGUCAAAGGAAGAAAACAACGUAGAUCUAAACGAGACACCAGAAGAAGGAAACAGAAGGGACGCUGACAAUAUGAUGAUGCACAUGAAAUCUGACCGAGCGUCUGAGCUCUCUUAUAUGGAGAUCAGCCAUAUCAUGAACACAGAUCUACAGAAUGGCUUGAAUGGGUCAGAAUCUGAGCGACGACGUAAGAUUAAUGGAUUCAAUGAGUUUGAGAUCAACGGAGAAGAACCAUUGUGGAGAAAGUAUAUAGAUCAGUUCAAAGACCCACUGAUUAUGCUGCUACUUGCCUCUGCCCUUGUGAGUGUUAUAAUGAGACAAUAUGACGACGCUGUAUCCAUAACAGUCGCAAUCGUAAUAGUGGUAACAGUGGCUUUUAUCCAGGAGUAUAGAUCUGAGAAAUCACUGGAGGCUCUCACUAAGCUUGUCCCUCCUAAGUGUCAUUGUUUACGUGAUGGUAAAUUGUCAACUUUCCUAGCCAGAGAGUUAGUACCCGGUGAUAUAGUGUAUUUGAGUAUUGGGGAUAGGGUACCAGCUGACCUGAGACUAUUUGAGGCCUUUGACCUUGCUAUAGACGAGUCAAGUUUUACUGGUGAGACAGAGCCAGCGUCAAAGAUAACAGACCAUCUCAAAAUAAAGAAAAAUAACGGGAUCACACAUAGGAAAAACAUUGCUUUCAUGGGAACACUUGUGCGAUGUGGCAAUGGGAAGGGUAUUGUCGUUGGAACUGGAGAAAAUUCAGAGUUUGGCGAGGUAUUUAAAAUGAUGCAAGCCGAAGACCCCCCCAAAACCCCACUACAAAUCAGUAUGGGGAUCCUUGGGAAACAGCUUUCCUUUUACUCUUUUUGCAUAAUAGGUGUAAUAAUGUUCCUUGGUUGGGUGCAAGGAAGAGCUAUGUUGGAGAUGUUCACAAUAGGUGUCAGCCUGGCGGUAGCUGCUAUACCCGAGGGCCUUCCAAUUGUAGUGACAGUCACUCUGGCUCUGGGGGUCAUGCGCAUGGCCAAGAAACGAGCCAUCGUCAAGAAAUUGCCAAUCGUUGAAACAUUAGGUUGUGUGAAUGUGGUAUGCUCAGACAAAACAGGGACACUUACCAAGAAUGAAAUGACAGUGACCCAGAUUCACACCCCAGAUGGCCAAUAUGCAGAGGUGUCAGGAGUGGGCUACAAUGCAGAGGGAGACAUCUAUUGUAACAAUGAGCUGAUACAUCCUACAACCCAUUCAUCUUUCAGUAAAGUUGUUGAGGCUGGCCUUGUAUGCAACAAUGCCCAAAUUAGAGAUGGCACUUUACUAGGACAGCCAACAGAGGGUGCUCUGGUAGCCUUAGCCAUGAAGUUGAAUCUCCACGAUAGUAGGUCAGAAUACAUCCGCCUCCAAGAGUGGCCUUUCAAUUCAGAGACCAAAUUAAUGGCUGUCAAAUGCCUGCAUAAAGUUUACCAGAAUUCUUUCAAUGGUAUAUCUAGCCCGAAUGAGGUGUUUUUUGUGAAAGGCGCCAUUGAGAGGGUCCUACAGCAAUGUAAUACAUACAGCGUGCUGGAUGAUGCGCUGCAUAUAAGCCAAAAUGUACAAAAGGAAAUAUAUCACGAGGCCUCUCUGAUGGGCAGAGCUGGAUUACGGGUAUUGGGACUAGCACGAGGACCCAGUAUGUCAGAAUUGUCCUUCCUGGGUAUGGUGGGAAUACUUGACCCACCCCGACCCCAAGUGCGGGAAUCCAUCACAACGCUGAUAGGGAGUGGAGUUAGUAUCAAAAUGGUUACAGGGGACUCUGAAGAAACUGCAUGUGCUAUAGGUGGUAGACUAGGUUUACAUGCAGCAGGGGGUCACACAAUGUCAGGAGAGGAGAUUGAUAAUAUGGACAUUGCUGAUCUACAGAGGGCCAUUAUACCAAUAACUGUCAUAUAUAGGGCCAGUCCUAGGCAUAAACACAAGAUUGUCAAGGCCCUCCAGGCAAAUGGUAGCAUAGUGGGGAUGACGGGGGAUGGAGUUAAUGAUGCAGUAGCACUGAGGAGUGCAGAUAUAGGGAUUGCAAUGGGGAAGGGAGGCACUGAUGUGUGUAAGGAGGCCUCUGAUAUGAUCCUGGUAGAAGAUGACUUCUAUACAAUCAUGAGUGCAAUAGAAGAAGGGAAGGGAAUAUUUUACAAUAUCAAAAAUUUUGUCAGAUUUCAACUCAGCACAUCAAUAGCAGCUUUAACUCUGAUAACACUCUCCACUAUAAUGAGGUUACCCAAUCCUCUUAAUGCCAUGCAAAUACUCUGGAUUAACAUUAUAAUGGAUGGACCUCCAGCUCAAAGUCUUGGAGUAGAGCCAGUAGACCAUGACAUCAUUCACCAACCUCCACGCAGGGUUAAAGACCCCAUUAUAACUAGAAAACUGCUACUUAAUGUCAUCAUCUCUGCUUUUAUCAUUGUUUCUGGAACACUGUGGGUGUUCUGGCGAGAGAUGUUGGACAACAAAAUAACUCCCAGGGAUACAACCAUGACCUUCACAUGUUUUGUCUUCUUUGACAUGUUCAAUGCACUUAGCUGCAGAUCUCAGACAAAGUCUAUCUUUACAAUAGGGUUCUUGACCAAUCGUAUGUUCAUCAUUGCUGUAGGUGGCUCCAUUAUUGGCCAGCUGCUUGUAAUAUACUUUCCCCCUCUACAAUCUAUAUUCCAAACAGAGGCACUAUAUGCACAAGAUUUCCUGUUACUUAUAGCCCUGACAUCAAGUGUGUUCUGGCUGUCAGAGAUUAAAAAAUGUAUAGAAAGGACAAUAGAAAAACGAAAACUUAGAAAACAAGAAAAGUUUUAUGAAGAAUAUGUGUAAAAUGUUAUAAAAA